GAUAGCAGCAAAGGCUGGAGAAAAUUGUUUCUGAGACCCAUUUGUCAACUAACCAAAGGAACAGAAAGAAAUUUCAGCACAGGUUGUAAAGAUGAUCUGGGGAUUGUUUUUGCUGCUCUUUGGAAAUGCUGUCGCCCAGUUUAGCUGCCCCCAGAACUGCCUCUGCAGUCUUUUGCUAACAGAUUGCCGCUCUGCCAACCUCUCUGACAUUCCCCAGGGAAUAGCUCAAGAAACAGAGACGCUCUUUCUGAAUGAGAAUCACUUAACUCAAGUUCCACCUGGAGUCCUUCAGCCCUUUGUCCAUCUAACUUUUCUUGGCUUAUCCUACAACAAACUCUCCCUGCAGAAUGAUACCUUCAAUGAUAUCAGCAAAAGCAUCCAUUCCUUGGAUCUUGCCGGCAAUGAUUUGACAGAGCUACCACCUGCCUUGUUUCAAAACACAAAACAACUUCUUUGGCUAAACUUGGCUGAAAACAGACUGAGCAUGCUUAAUGGAAAGAUUUUUGCCUCUCUGGAAAGACUUACUUAUUUGGACCUCUCUCAAAACAGGCUACAGUUGUCAGUAAAUACGUUUAUGGGCCUUUCUCACUUAAAUACCUUAAUGGUGCCUGGUAAUCAUCUUGACUCAGUUCCUGAAGGAGUUUUUGAUCCCAUACCUAACCUGAAGAUUCUUGAUAUUUCCAAUAAUGAAAUAAGCAGUUUACCAGAGAAUUUGUUUGAAAACUUGACAAACCUUAAUGACUUGCUCCUUGACAAUAAUCAUUUUAAGACGAUUCCAUUUUCUGCAUUUACUAUUCUCCCCACCUUAGAGCAUUUCUCAAUUUCUGGGAACAGCAUUAAAAAUAUUCCUCCCCUUUCAUUCAUUGGCAAUUCUAGCUUAAGGAGGCUUGACCUGUCAAAUAAUUUAGUGUCUGACCUUUCCUUGAAUUUCUUCUCAGUGUUAAAGCAGCUGGAAUUUCUUAAUCUUUCUGGAAAUAACAUAAAUACUCUUCCAGGAGAUAUAUUUGUAAAUAACACUCAGCUGGCAUUUCUGUAUUUGGACAGAAACCAGUUUCACACCCUACCCGUUUUUUCAGGUCUUCAAAGACUGACAGAGUUAACGUUGUGUUGCAAUGGUAUAGAAAACCUGCCCAGAACCUUCACAGACAAAAUGUAUGAAUUAGAACUACUGGAUCUCUCCAACAACAAUAUAACAGAGGCCAAAGGGCUGAAUCCUAAUGUAACACGAGUAAUUUUGACUGGGAAUCCAGUCUGCACGGUUUUCAAAACACAUUGUUAAGAAACCAGACUAUGGUAAGGCAAAAAUAAAGAGGAUGGGAAUGACUAUGCUAAUUAGGUAUUUACUUUUGCUGAUGAAAAGAAAAGUUUAAUGUAUAGUUAGUUGUUUGUGUCAUGUUAGUAAACUCAGCAAGGGCAAUGUGCAGGAGUAUCAUAGGUUUAGUGUUUGUAUGGCGUAAUUGAAUUUCAUUUUGCAUCAUGUCUUUCAUGCUUCUUUGCCACAGAUGUAUCUAUGUGCCCUGCAGUUCAAGCCAACAUAUAUUAAAUGUCAAUCAUGUACAAGGCUCUAGAGAUAACAAAAACCAAAAAAAAUUACACAGUCCUAGCCCCGAAAGCUUAUAUUUUAAUAGGUUGACUUGGGGUUGAGUGGGGCAGGGGAAUAAGCAUUUAUAUAGAGAG